GGAUGCAGUUGUUUUGCAACUGUUCAUCUUCCAGUCAUUCCUGCACUUACAUAUCGUGAUAAAUAGCGUGACUCUCCUUUACGUUUGUUCACCCGUUGCCAGGUUGGAGUCCAGUCGUUGCAAAUGGCAAACGUCGACCUUGCUCGAGUGGGAAAGAACGUGGUAAAGAGCGCGGACAGUGGGGAGUGUGUGGAGCUCCAGUCUCUGUGGCAGGAUCAGCCUGUGGUCUUGUUUUUCCUGCGCCGGUUCGGUUGUCAGAUUUGUCGGUGGACGGCAUCAGAGAUCAGCAAACUGGAGCCGAACCUGAGAGCCGCUGGUAUAGCACUCGUGGGCAUCGGACCUGAGGAAGUUGGACUGAAGGAGUUCAAGGAAGGAGGGUUUUUUAAAGGAUCUAUAUAUGUGGAUGAAAAAAAGAAAUGCUACAAGGAUUUGGGCUUCAAGAGGUACACAGCCUUAAGCGUGGUGCCUGCUGCGCUGGGGAAGAAAGUUCGAGAUGGAGCUGCAAAGGCCAGCGCUGAAGGAAUACAAGGAAAUUUCUCAGGAGAUUUGCUUCAGAGUGGAGGCAUGCUCAUUGUGGCUAAAGGUGGAGAAAAGGUCCUACUGCAUUUCAUCCAGGACUCACCUGGAGAUAUUGUACCUCUGGAAGAUAUUAGCAGCGCUUUGAGUAUCUCAGCCAACGUCGAAGCAGGACAGAAACCAGUGUGCAAUGAUGAUGUUUGUACACGAUGAAGACAGACCCAAACGACUCUGGAAAAACAUGAUGAAAAUUUAAUAAAUGGAAAGGGAUAUAAAACUACAGCAACAAUUCUAAUUACUUUUAAUCUAUAUGUUUUUUGUUAUGUUUUCUACACUGACUCAGAUCUAAUCUUGGACUUUUCAUUGCAAUACAUAUUUCUAAUUUAACAUCUAACAUACCUUGUGUUCCUAUACCUAUCAAACUGGUUUUAUAUAUACAUUUUUUCAUAUAUUAUGCUCCAUUUACCAAACUUUAUUUAAUGCUUCAAAUGUUAAUAAAAGUUUAAACUUGAA